AAAAAAAAAAACCUACUAAGAAAUGCAAGAAGCCAAUUACAUCUUGAAGACUUGAGCUAUUUAAGAGUAUAAAAGUCUACUGAAGAGACAGAAGAAGACGAGAUUGGAAACAUAAUAAUUGGUAAUUGUUAGGUCUAAUCCUUUUUUUACAGACAAUAAAACCCCUAAUCCAGAAAUAGAUGACCAGAAACAGAACAUUCUCCUUCCUAAGUUCAAACCAAAUCAUUUGUUGGGUUAUUUUUUUUCAUUUUGGUCAAAUUGAAAUCAACCCUUUUCAUUUACUCCAUCCUUGUGAUCUUGCAAAAACUAAUAACACCCAAAUUUUGUCUUCUUUCUUUCAGAAAUGUUGUUCUAUUGUAACCAUGGAUGAUUGAGUUUUAAAGCAUGAGUGUGAAGAUUUGAGAGUGUCUCUGAUGGAGCUCGUUUUUUCUCUUCUAGCUUUUUCUUGUUUGCUCCUGGGUUGUAUGGCUGAUUUUCAAGGGGAGGCCCUCUUUGCUCUGAAACAAUCACUACAAGCUUCACCUAAACAGCUGCUGGAUUGGAAUCCCAAUAUGGUUAAUCCGUGUACUUGGUCGAAUGUUAUGUGUGAUAUUAGUAACAAUGUUGUUUCUUUGGCACUGCCUUCCAUGGGGUUUACUGGAUCGUUGUCACCUAAAAUCGGCACUUUAAAGACUCUUACAACACUGUCCUUGCAAGGAAACGGUAUCACAGGAAAGAUUCCGGAAGAGUUUGGAAAUUUGUCUAGUCUAACGAGCUUGGAUUUAGAGAAUAAUCAUUUGAUUGAUGAAAUACCAUCCUCCCUCGGUAAUCUGAAAAAUCUUAAAUAUUUGAUUUUGAACCAUAACAACCUCUCUGGGAAUAUUCCUGAUUCACUGGCUUCCCUUGAUAACUUAAUUAGCCUCCAACUUUCUUCAAAUCAACUGAGCGGUCGAAUACCUUCUCAGCUCUUUUCAAUUCCGCAAUACAAUUUUUCAGGAAAUAAAUUGACAUGUGGUGGGGAUAUCCAUCAUCUUUGUGCAUCUGAUGGUAAUGGCACAGGAUCUUCAAAUAAAACAAAAAUUCAAGUUAUCAUUGGAGUGGUUGGAGGCUUCUUUGGUAUGCUAUUCCUUGGAAUCCUGUUGUAUUGCUUGUGCAAGAGUAGACUCAAAGGCUACAAGCGUGAAGUUUUUGUUGAUGUCGCAGGUGAAGUUGAUCGCACAAUUGCAUUUGGUCAGCUUAAACGAUUUUCCUACAGGGAGUUGCAGAUAGCAACUGACAAUUUUAAUGAGAAAAAUGUUCUUGGUCAAGGUGGGUUUGGCAAGGUUUACAAAGGCUUGCUAGGAGACAAUACAAAGGUUGCAGUGAAACGAUUGACUGAUUAUGAGAGUCCAGGAGGAGAUGCAGCUUUUCAGCGUGAGGUUGAGAUGAUAAGUGUUGCUGUACACAGAAAUUUAUUACGCUUGAUAGGAUUCUGUACUACGCCAACAGAAAGACUUUUGGUGUAUCCAUACAUGCAAAACCUGAGCGUCGCUUAUCGUUUGCGAGAGAUAAAACCUGGAGAACCUGUUUUAGAUUGGCCUAACAGAAAGCGAAUAGCUUUGGGCACUGCUCGUGGACUAGAGUAUCUUCAUGAACAUUGCAACCCUAAGAUCAUCCAUCGUGAUGUUAAGGCUGCUAAUGUGUUGUUAGAUGAAGACUUUGAAGCGGUAGUGGGUGAUUUCGGAUUAGCAAAAUUGGUAGACGUGAGGAAAACUAACGUGACCACACAGGUGCGUGGGACAAUGGGGCACAUAGCACCUGAGUACUUAUCCACCGGGAAGUCAUCUGAAAGGACUGAUGUUUUUGGUUACGGAAUUAUGCUGCUAGAGCUUGUGACAGGCCAACGGGCCAUUGACUUUUCACGCUUGGAAGAAGAAGAUGAAGUCUUGUUGCUUGAUCAUGUGAAGAAGCUGGAAAGAGAAAGAAAGCUGGAUGCUAUUGUUGAUAAGAACUUGAAUAACGAAUUCGAUAUUCAGGACGUGCAGAUGAUGAUCCAAGUUGCACUUUUAUGUACUCAAUCUACACCGGAAGAGCGCCCAGCAAUGUCAGAUGUGGUGCGGAUGCUUGAAGGCGAAGGACUAGCUGAAAGAUGGGAGGAAUGGCAGAGUGUAGAAGUUACUCGCAGGCAAGAAUAUGAAAGGUUGCAUAGCAGAUUUGGCUGGGGUGAUGAUUCUAUCCAUAAUCAAGAUGCCAUUGAAUUAUCUGGUGGCCGAUGAAGCAAAGGUACACUCCAAACCCUAAAUUGCAUAAUCCUGAAGAAAUGUCUAGUUUUUUUUUCUCCUCCCCCCUCCCUCUCUUCCGAAAAAAGGUUUACCAAUUAUAGCUUAUUAUGUUUUCCUCGCUGCCUCUUUGAAAGAAAGGUGCAGUCUUUUUUGAAAUUAUUGUAGCCUUUCCCGUUUUCUUUAACGUUAUAUACUUGUAUACAUGUUGUGUUAUUAGCACCUCUCAUUUUCUUGGCAAUGUCUUUAAGAAUCUCAAGGAAACCUUGGGAGUGGUGACCGCUUUCAAAUCUGUGUUCACUUGUAAGACUCCGUGGCUUAUGAUAGCUUGCUUAAUGAGUAAAAAGUAUUUGUUGAUUCAAAUUGCAUUGUUUUUCUUCUGUUAUUCCUACAUCGGUUCAAUGAUCUUAUCAAGUAAUCCAUUUUUUAAUGUUUGAUUGAUAUUUGAUGUUCUAUGUUACUUGGACUCGAGUACUGAUGUUGGAUACUAGUACGUGUCCAAGUGUCGGAUACGUCUAAAUAUUCAAUUUUACGCUAAAAUGAAGUGUCCAAGUGUGCCAUAGCAAUGUCCGAGGAUCAAGGAUCGGACACGGAUAUGUGAAGCAAAAUGAAGAGUACGAGUAACAUAUCUGUGAAGCAGAACGAAGAGUUCGAGUAGCAUAUCUGAUGAUAGCUUGAUGUUGUGAAUAGACGAGGCAUAUACAUUUCUAUGAAUAAACUUAUCGUUUCUAUAAAUGAAUAUUGAUGGGAUAUUUAGGAUGGGGUUUGCUUCUCUAGGAUUAUCAUUACACUUAUAUGUUUUUACUUGGUGCUUCGGUAAGAUUAAGUUACAGCUAUUUAAUGGAGUUCGAGGGGAAGAGAUGAUGAAA